AUGGACGAGCUUAAGGACCAGCACAACCCCAACGCGCCAAAUGGGUUCAUGCAAGACACGCCGCCACGAGCCGACGUCGACGAGAUCCUGAGACGCAAGCGGAAAGCGCGAGAGUACAAGGCCUGCUACCCGUGUCGCCAGCGCAAGGUCAAAUGCGACCAGAACGUGCCGUGCAAGACAUGCGUCGUCCGCGAACACCCCGAGCUGUGUACCUACCACCCGCCGAGCGAGUCGCAUCCGCCUGCGAAACGAAUCAACCUCGGGCUCGGCCAGAAUAACGGCCAUGACUUCUCGAAUGGCAUCGUCCACAUCCACGGCGGCACCGUCACCCUGCCCCGGGAGGACUGGGAACGCAUCUGCGGCAAGCUGCAGCAGGCGGAAAAGUCGCUCAGUGACUUGAAGAACGCCGUCGGCAGCGUCGCAGAGAUACCGCCCCCGAUCAACGGCUUCUCUCCUGCCGACGCAUCUGGAAACACGCCUCUGGCAGCAGCAGCGCCCAUGGACGGUGAGCAGAGCCACGUCCGGACCCAAGGCAUACAUACGCGCAACGACAUCACCGGCCAGACAAUACACAUCGGUCCCAGCUCAGUACCAGCGCUCGUCAUGGCAUUAGGGAGGGGAGAUACACAGUGGGCACCGGGCGUGCAAGACCUCCUGGGCAAGAAGAGCAUGCUACCAAUUUUUGGCCUGGACAACGAGAGCGCUACAUAUCCCUUUGUCGAUCUUUGGGGACUGCCGCAUGGAUCUAUAGCGCGCGCUCAAGAGCUUGCCAAUGCGUUACCGAGUGAUUCCGAAUGCCUCAGUUUCUUUCGAAGCUAUCGCGAGACCGCACAUGCCGUAUACCCCGCCGUUGCCGACAUCGAGGCCAUUGAAUCCGAUCUUCUGCUCUUCUUGAUCAACCGCGCAAGUGCACAAGGCACCAACGGCAUCACAGAUCAGCAGAUAUAUGGCAAAGACUUCCAUUGGAUAGGCAUGGUCUUUGCCAUACUGGCUUCCGGUUGUCAAUGCUCGAGUCUGUCGCGAAGGGAGAGGGAGCUUACAUCGCAGGUCUACGUCUGUUGCAGCUUCGAAUGUUUACGAUUCACAAACUUUCUAUCCCAUGCGACUAUCGAGAACAUACAGACUCUUUUGAUCCUCGGAAACGUCAUCUCGAAUAACAUGAAUGCUGGAGUCGCUUGGAGUUUGAUGGGUUUGACAGUGCGCCUUUCGCAGACACUAGGGCUACACCGACAAUGUCCCCCUUCCACCCCAGUGCAGCAGAGGGUCAUUCGAAGCAAAACAUGGUGGGCGCUUCUUUGGCAGGACUCACUGCUGUCUGUCUCGUACGACAGGGCCUCGUCGACGACCACCAUUGAUCAUACUGUACCCAUGAGCCAGCACACAGCGCCAGGAACAAGGACAUAUGUCGAGAGCAUGUACAGACUUUGUAAAGUAGGGCUGGAUAUAGUGCGUGAGCGCCAGAGGCCACAGAACUCGCAUGACGCCCUGAUACGCAUCACUGAACAUCGCAACGAACUCCAAGAAAUCAUGAUAGAUGCUGCAGACUAUCUCAAAGACUCUAGGAGAUGCCGGUCUAUGCGCGAUCAGCUCGAACACUGGGCGCUAUACCUGCACAUAUCGUACGUCACAUCUGAGCUCUGUCGACCAGCCAUCAGUCCAGCCACUGUCAACCUCGAUCUCUCCAAGACUCUGCGCAAGACAUGCAUCGAUAGCCUUACCAACACUGUCGAAGCCUUCCUCGGUCUGCAAAACAUGACGCCGUUCGCGACUCGUUCCUGGUCCGCUGUGCAUCGUUCCCUGAGUUCUGCUCUGCUCCUCGGUAUUCUUGGCGAACACAACCGCAACGAACGAGCGCGCAGUUUGUUGCAGAACGUGAUCCAAGUCCUUACGGAUGUCACAAAGGACGUCGACCCCGCGGAGCUUGCCACGCCCAUUACACGGUCCGUCUCGGCUUUGGAGCGGCUGCUGAGGAUCACCACAACACACAACCGGAAGGCGAGUGAAGCGGGCUCACAGGCUUCCCCCACCAUGCACGUCUUUACUGCACAGGACAUCAACAACGCCCUCAACGGGGACGCUGAGAACAUGUUCUCGCAAUCACCACUGCUCGGACUGGACCUUGACUCCUCACCGUAUGCACUUAUGGAGAGCAUCGUGUGGGGUGCGCAGAAAUCGCCGUGA